AUGGAAGCGUUCAACCAGGCAUACGAAGAAAUAACCGGAGCUAAUUUCUUUAAGGUGAGCGAUAGCAUUAAUUGUUACGUGAAAAAUAGGGGUUCGAAGCACUGGACAAAAAUAUUUAGGUGAGCAGCGGUAUAUAUAUUCAAAACAUUCAAACCCAUCGGACAAAGAAAAAAAUCAAAUCAAUUUUAACACCUCGAGUAUCAAAAAGAAAAGUUGCCCAAUAUCUUGUAAUUUAUUUUGUUAAUAAAAUGAUAUUUCACUGUGGCCAAAUUUUUCCUAAGAAUAGACUGGAACUUCUACACGUGGCGAGGCUUUUUUGGUUCGCGCAAAGCAGACGUAAUUGUGCGAGCAUGUUUCGAAACUUUAAGAGUAUCAAGUUGCGGUCGAAUAAUGAGCAUUUCGUGCAGAAGUCGGAACAGUCGGCGUUUAACGAUAAUUUAUUUAGGUUUAGAGCUACAACUAAUACAGAAUCAUAUCGAAUCUCUAGCUUGUUGUUAAUGAUUAUAGCUUCUCGAACCGCCAAGAAGUAGUUUCUAUACGGAACAGGAAGAUCACGUCAUCAGUUGGAUUGAUUGAUGGUUACACAAACUAAGUUUGCCACUGUUCCAAUUAAAAAUAGUUUGAAUCAAUUCACUGUAGAAAGUGGAUAUUUGGUGAGCAGUUAGUCUUGUUUCAGAAAUUUUUAUUGUUAAGACCGUGCCGUGACUAGGAAAAAAUGGGUGGUCGUCAUCGUUGACAACAAGAUUAAUUUUUUUCCUGGUUAUUUUGCAAAAACGGACGAUUUAUACCCGUGUCUCUAAUUAUCAACUUACAAAGUAUUACCAGUUUUCGUAAGUUUUCUUUCUUUUCUUGGCUAUUGUUAUUUUUUUUUUCAUUUUGUGUUUUAACCUUGGCCUCUUGCUCAACAGUGUUUUUGUGCAAAUAGUUCGGGGGGCGAUGCACCGUUUCUUUGACAUUAUAUUGAUCGAGUUUGGUACAAUGGCAUUGACCAUUUUAAUGAUUAGUGAAACGUUUCGUGUAUAUUGUUUUUAUACAGAAUGCAAAUUCAUCAAAGGCCUCUCAAAUAUUCUGCGAAAAAUCGUCGCCAAAAGACCGAACUAGCGAUAUAAAUCUUCUUUACAAGAUCUCCUCAAUGUUGGACAAGGUGCGUUUAGGCUACUGAUUCUGUUGGUAUUUUUAGCCUUUAAUUCUUUGUAAAUUGAAUUUUCUAAAUUUUCCCUAGAAACUCUUCCCACGUGGCAACAAGUAUGCUUGCUACGUUCUCGACAUCAAAGCGAGUCUUAGUGAGACUCCACAGGAAAUCACUUCAGCAGGGCCGCUCUGAACGUAGCAUCUCCCGGUUCAGUUCUUAGUUAACUUGCAACAACUCAGAGUUGAAACUGAAAAAAAACGAAAGACAGAAGGUUAGCGGCAACUGAAAAAUUUUCUAGAAGGCCAAGAGCAUGCGAUGCGCGAACACAGACUCCACAGCGCCUUGCAAAUGAAUUUAAAAUAACGAUGAUAAAGAUUUUUUUUCUAUUCAAGACGAAAUUAAUGUUUUUUUUUAAAAAAAUAAAUUAAAAAUCCGAUAUAUCAUUUUUUUCCCAAUAAUUUUUCAGCUCAAAACUCGUUUUGAUUUUCUUCGAUUUUUUUACACAGAAAAAUUCCAGCUCCACAACUUAUCAGGACGAUGACGUCUUUGAAGAUCGUGACGGAACAGAUGUAAGUGAUAUUGACGUCGGCGGAGAGCAGAGUUAUUCGCAUGCGCUUGGUGAUGAAGAGCGGCGGACAUGCCUUAAGGUAUAUAUAUACCUCUUUUUUUGAUGAUUUUCUAACCCUAAGGUCUUGCUUGUAUGAUGUCGACUUAGACGCCCAAAUAUGUUUUACUGUUGAAGACUAAAAUCAUUUUGUUCAAUGCUUUUGGUUGUGCGUUGUUACAAACAUCAAUUUCCACCGUUGUAGACACCUUUCUCACUGUUACCAGGACUCAAAUGGGGUUACUUUGUAGACCAAAACAAUCCCCCCCCCGCCCUCUAGGAUGUUUACUGCUUCCCACACUGUAACUCGAACAGUGGUGCACAAAAUUGCAUGGAGGGGGGUGGGAAGGGAGAGCCUUAUUUUCCUUUUUUUAAGUUAGCAAAACGUUAGAGAGGCCCUUUAGGGCGAAGUGUGUCAACUAAUUUUAAUUUUGUCGCCGAUUGAAGAUCUUCGACAAAAUGAAUUAAGACGUUUGACUGAAACAUGCUCCCGCUAUUACGGACUGUUAACGACAUACUUACUGGAUGUCCCAAGAUUGUCCGCUAUAAAUGGAGUUGACUUGACUGUAGUAAGCAGGGGAUCCGCAACCUUGAAAAAGUUUAGAACACGAAAAUUUGUUCAAUAUCGAAAAUAGAAAGAAAAUAUUAGCGGUUACCAAUAAAGGAUAAGCCCACCGACCUUUUUGGAGGUCUCGGACUAACAGAUGUCCGUCCCUGAGAAUAUCUUCAAUUUACAGACGGACACCGCUUUCAUGAGACAGAUGCAAAAGCGCCCGUCUUACAGAGAUGUCUGUCUUACAGAGAGUCGAAUAAAGGGAUUAGAGAAACGCAAGGGCCAACUUUAGGUGUCCGUUUUACAGAAGUGUCCGUCUUAUAGGGGUGUCCAUUAAGAGAGAGCACGAGUCGACUGUAUUCUGAUAUUUAAUUUACUAUUCCAAAGUCUACUAUGGACGGUGUAUCCCCUCUCUUACAUUACCAUCUGUCAUCGAUUGUCAAUCUAUUACCACAGGACAAAAGUGGCGAUAUUUUCACGACUAGUAACGGGAGAGUAGACUUGACAGAAGAGGAGAAAGAGACGUUUGCAUCUGAGGGCUUGCCUUUGCCCAAUAGAGCACCGCUAACAAAGGUCGGUAUAACUCAGGCUACUGUAUCUAUAAACAAUCGGUGUGAACAUUGAUGCUUUGGUUCUAAUUCAGUUGCUGACAAAGAAUAGCGCUAAAAAGGCUUUUGCAAAACUAAUCAGAAAUAGAAACUGAUUAAAACAAGAUUAUAUAUGCGGUCAACUUUCUGCCAUAAGAUACAUGGCGGGCAAAAGCUGACUUGGUUCUCGAUUACGCUUCGGAUCCUUAUCUACGACCAAAAAAAGAAAUCGUCUGCGUUAGCAAGCUUUAAAUUAUCCGGUUGAAAAUCACGCGCGUAAAAGUUUGAAAAUUGAAAAUGAAUUUUGUAAUGGAAAAAAUAGCCUGCGAGCAAGCUCUCCUGUUUGGGCGAGUGAAACAGGCCUCGCGAGAACGUGCGAGAGAGCGGCGAAGCCGCGAGGGGAAGAGGAAAGAAGCCUCGGCCCCUCGCUCGCGCGUUCUCGCGAGGCUCGCUUCGCUUGCCCAAAUAGAAGAGCUUGCUCGCAGGCUAUGGAAAAAAAUGCGUAUAUUCAACACAACUGGAGAAACAAAAAGAGAAAGAAAAAUUGUUGAGGCUUCCCAUAGCCAAACGGAAUGGUGCAAACUAUAUUUGAUUGUCCAAUCAGCAUAUUCACGGUUUCCCCAAAAAUUUGCUAAAUACCCUUAUGGUCGACGUUCAGUUAUUUUACUUUGACUGUCUUUGAGGAGAACGGGGCAAUCCCAGCCAUCAUGCACUUAUUGGCGAGGGUUUCACCGUAAAAAUGACUUUCUCAGAAUAGCCUUUGCCACUGUUGUAUUUCAAGUCAGUAAUUUCUCAUUCAUCUUCCGCUGUUUACAUUCUAGGCAGAGGAAAGAGCCCUUAAGAGAAUACGAAGAAAAAUUAAGAACAAGGUAGGCAAGAUCCGAAGAUUUUUCAAAGUCCAGCAGCAGAAAUGGAUGUAUAGCUUAAGCUCUCUGAUAUAAUGUAUCAACUACUUGAAAAUUAUCAAAUGAUCCUGCCAAGGUGCAUACAAAAAUAACUUAAAUUACUGUGUGAUGUGAAUUUGUUUAUUCUUUUAGCUUUCUGCCCAAGAAAGUCGGAGAAAGAAGAAAGAGUAUGUCGAAGGUCUGGAGAAAAGGUUGGUAGUCAAGUCAGGUAUAAAAAGGGAAAAUUUGCAUUCUGUCCCCCGGGGGAGGGGGAGGGUACUCUACAGGCUCCCCCCCCCACCCCCCCACCAAAGGUUUUACCCUUUUAUAUAGUUGCCAUUUUUGACAGGAAAGGUACCCCUUUCGUAUACCCUCUAUUCAUAAAAAGGCACCCUUUCAAAUACCUAGUUUAGAUUUUUGCAUUCCUUUUAGGUGCUGUAAAUAUCCUGACUGACUGACUGACUAGAAUUUUCUUUUUACUUCAGAGUUGAAUCUUGUAACACGGAGAACAGUAUUCUUCAGCAAAAAGUAGAUUCUUUGGAAACAACCGUAAGGUUAGCGUGAAACAAUAUUCAACUACCGUGUCUUGAGGGAAAAAGUUUUGUUUCCAAGGGUCGAACCGAGGAAAACAAAAUUAACUGGUAUCCAGAGGAACCAGUCAUUAAUUGAUCUGUUGUAUGGCCCACACACACAAAAAAAACUUUUACGUUUGCAAGUGGUUCACGAAAGUAAUGAUUCACCUGUAAGAUGAAUUUAUCUGCAGUUUAUGUUUUGAGACGCGUUCAGCGAAUAGAACCGAAUACUAUAUAUCAUGUGCUUUGAUAAUGCAGAGCUAUACGGUUCUUCUAUAAUGAGAGCAAAAUUUGUCUAAUCGAACUUUUUAUCAUUAACAGUUCUAAAGUUUCGUCAUCUUUGAUAGUUUCCGUGCCGCUGGCGAGAAGUUUAGAAAGAUACUUUCAGGACAAGUUAGGACGCAUUUUUCCCUUGUGUUGUUCUUGUUUUUCCUGAUAAUUUUGGACAAUUUCCAUCCUUCACUUUGCAAUCAUAUAUGUUUUUGUUCAAACUGUGUUCAGGUAACAAUGUUAUUCAUAUAUGAUUCUUUCUAUUCCUAUUCGGUUGCAUUGUAUAUAGAGCAUUGCUGACGGAACUGAAUAGACUACGGAAGGUUUCUUUGGAAAACGAAAGACGAAAAACAAACGAGAUGAAAAGCACCGGAACACAAACAGGGACUUGUCUGAAAUGGUUAGUUAACUGGGGAGUUUUAACGCCAUUGUACGCUAAUGUUCGGUUAGAAUGAAACGAAAAUCCGGGGACGGCUCCUAUAUAAAGGGACGGGGAUGCACGUCAAAAAAUUUAAAUUAAACCCCUAAAGGAGGCCAAUGUGGGUGUGGCUCAAGCUUAAACUGACCCCUAAAGAAGACCAUUCUAAAAUAGACAUCACGGCAUUUUUACAAAAUUCUUUAUGCACUAGGAGCUCUGAGCGAUACCUGAAUGGGCAAAUAUAGUGACUUUCCGUCCUAGACCAAGUCCUAAGUGUGACCAAACUUUGCAAUUUACACCCCUAAGCGAGACAACGAGUAUUUCCGUGCUUUUUAUAUGGGAGUUCCCCACUGAACGAAAAUCUGUAUAAAUCACAGAAAAUUCUUUCGCAAGAUUAUCCUGGAGCUUCAUGAAGACUAGAGACAAUCGACUUAAUGCUGGCAGGAACUAAGCAUGCCGCAAGCAUAUAAAAAUUUGUACAUUUAAGAAACAGUGAAUUUAGAACCCACAGACUGAAAUUUGGCCAAUAAGCAAAAAUGAUUUAAAAUAACAACCACUCUCUACUCCCCUAAAAUCAUUUACAGUUGACUCUCCCUUAACGGACACCUAGAGUUGGUCUCUGGCUUUCUUUACUCCCUUUAUUUGACUCUCUAUAAGAUGGACACCUCUGUAAAACGGACACCUAGAGUUGGUCCCUGCCUAUCUUUACUCCCUUUAUUUGACUCUCUAUAAGACGAACACCUCUGUAAAACCGACACCUCUCUGUAAGACGGACGCUUUUGUGCCGGUCACCAAGGUGUCUGUCAUAGAGAGAUUUGAUUGUAGGCUUAGCCUUUAGCUGAAUAUCGGAAUUCAAAUAUGAGUGUUUAAUUUUUUUAAUUACUUUAAAUAAUUCUAAACCUGAAGUCAGUGGUAUAUAUAUUUCUUAAUAUCAUUCGUAAUGAUCGUAGUAACAAACCUGGGUUACUCUCAUUAUUGAAAUAGUUUUGUUCUCUUCCUUUAUACAGCCUCAUGAAAAAGAAAGCAAUUUACAGACAGACCAAUACUGCUAGAUUGGACAGAAUGAGGGAAAACAAUAACCUCUAA